UGAAAAUGUGAAGAUUUAUUCUCGGCUUUAAACUUCAAAUCAGUCUAGUCUAGCGAGCAUGUGUAUUAUUGAGCGAUACUGAGUGCUCGAAGGAUCCAUAGCUGCGUGAAAUCCCCUGACGUAUCACAAAGGAACUACAAUAUAGACGGCCUUUUCUCUAAAAAGCUGGUCAGUAUUUGGACACGCCUGGGUGUUUCUGGUGGUCGACUGAUAACAAGAACCAUUCCUAAGCUGAAGUGGCUAACACUGCUUUAUGUUACUACAAAAAGACAAACCGGGAAGUACCCUGAAGCCUCUGUAAACUUUUAUUUAAAAACUUAUUUUUUGCCUGGCAUAAAUAUAGUUUUAUUGUACUGAGUGGUUAAGUCAUUACAAGAUGAUGGACAUUGUUGCAAUUUCAAUCACAGACGAGGGCAAAUCGUAAGAAGGUGAUUGCGUCCAAAGAGAAUCCCUUGUGCCUACCACCGGCGUCAAGAAGAGAAGCAGAAGGAACUAAUCGAUAGUUGGGCGACCUGUGAGUAGGUGUGACGCAACAUGGGGCACCGCACAGUGGUGAGGUGCACGGCACUCAUACUGACUUUGAUCUCUUUAAUAGAAGGUUUUAGUAUGAACAGAACACCGCUGUCUGCUAGGAUCAUCGUGCACGUGUCUAAACGCCGGGCGACUUACUGGGAGCCGUGGGAAGUGAACAGACGAAUCUGUCCGCCAUCACUCUGUCGUUCGUCGGACACCGGCGGAGAAGAUUAUCGGCCGCGGGGGACAGCUGGUACGGUAUUUUACCAAGGCGAUAUUAUAUUGCGUAAAGAUGACGAGCCGUACAUAUACGGCAAGAAGCCGACUCGGAGAAAACGAGCGACGAUGCGUUUGCGCCAAAAGAUUUGGAAAAACGGGAGGAUUCCUUACGAGAUCGAUAGCCGGAUUAGUCCCAUGGCCAGGCGUUAUAUUCUCCGAGCAUUCAACCACAUACAAGAAAGAACGUGCAUCAAAUUCAAGAAACGACGAAACAAAGACAAGGAUUACGUUCGAUACAUCAGCGAACCAGGGUGCUGGUCUAAUGUUGGGAAACGUGGAGGGAUGCAGCUCAUCAGCCUGGGUCGAGGCUGUGAGAACCUCGGAACCACCGUGCACGAGACGUCACACGCUCUGGGAAUGUGGCACGAGCAGGCGCGUGUGGACAGAGACCGCUUCGUAAAGAUCUUGGAGGAGAACAUAUCGCCCAAGUACCUGCCCGACUUCAAGGUGAUCAGCCGCCGAGCAGCCACGUCACGCGGCUACCCGUACGACUACGACAGCGUCAUGCACUACAACAAGUUGGCAUUCACGCGCGCCGGAGACCCCACCAUAAAGGUGAUAGGCAUAGGCAAGAAGUUGGGUUUGAAGAUAGGACAGCGGCUGGGACUGAGCACCAUUGACAUGGCCCAGCUCAGAGAGAUGUAUCACUGCAACCAGAAAGAAGACAGCCGACUUUCGUCGUGUCCCAAGGGUUGGGUAAAGCACCAGUCGAGCUGCUAUAAGUUCCACAAGACGCCGCCGCGUCAGUUCUCGGCCGCCAACAAGGAGUGUGAGCAGCAACACGGCCACUUGCUGGCCAUAGACAGCAAAACCGAGAACAGGUUCAUUCAGAAAUACAUCAGACAGAAAUACAAAAAUGUCGGCAAAUGGCGCACUGGUGGAAAGCUGGUGAACGGAUCAAUGGUGUGGUUUAAGAGCGAUAAGACCAAGCCUAAGGCGAUGAGGUACACAAACUGGGACACGGGGAUGCCGGCAUCGUACACGACGGCUGUGCUCGCCAAAAGUGCGGACGGGAAGACGUUCAAGUGGCAAGGCGUCUGGGCUGGCUCGCAGAAUCAACUUCCAGCGCACUCGUACCCAUUUAUAUGCGAGAAACGCGCAAAACGAAAGUGCCUAAAGGGGAUUCUUAAGGAUGGCCGUGACUACCGAGGUAAACGUGAUCACACGCUAGAUGGAAUCACUUGUCAGAAAUGGAGCGACCAAUAUCCACACCAACAUAAGUUGAAGCCGAAAAACAAGAACGAAAAUGGAGAAGAUUCGGACGGACUCGGAAACCACAAUUACUGCCGGAACCCCAGUGGACAACGCCGAAAACGACCUUGGUGCUAUACAGCGAAAAAGAACCCAAAAUGGCAAUACUGUGAUAUAACCCCAUGUGCAAAAGGAGGAAGUCAAAUGAAGAAAAAUAACAAACCAUAUCCGCGACAACGACAGACUCAACAAAAACAAAAGAAACAUUCGAAAUACAGUGGAAGAAUAACUCACGUUCAAAAUAAAAAUAGGAGUAAAAAAAGUUUGCUGAAAAGAAAUGAUAGAACAAGAAAUAAAUUUAAGAAUUCCAGAAAGCAAACAAAAGAGUUAUCAAAAAGAAAGAUGUCGGGUUCAAAAAGAAACACGAGAAAUAAGUCUAGAACCAAUGCCAAUGGAAAUUCAGGCGGAAAUACGAGUGGCAGUUCAGAAACAAAUACGAGACGAAAAUCAAACCAAAGAAAGAUUUUAAAAUUAAAGAAUUCGAGACAAAAUAAAAAUUCAAAUACAAGGAGAAUCAAACCAAAUACGCGCCCAAAAACAAGAUCGAUGAAUUCCAAACAAAAGGAAAGUUCAAAAUCAACUUCAGAACCAAGUGUACGAAGCUCAAAACCAAAAAUAAGGAGUUCAGAACCAAAAUUAAAUACAAAAAGAUCAAAACUAAAUACAAAGAACUCAAAGAGAAGUAAAUCUCAGAAAUCCAAAACAGUUGAUGUGCAUUCAUGAAGACAAUCAUUCACUGGGAUAUACAAAGUUAUAAUUUAUGGUUGAUCGUCAUGGCUCAACUUUGCUUUUUGGCAUUAAUAGAUUUAUUCGAGGACCGGAAAUUCAUUAGUAGUACAUUAUUAGUACUAGAACUAGGUAGUUUCCAUCUUUGACCACAUAUUCCAUCUUCUAUAUGGCAAAUCCGUGGACAGAACAAGUAGACGUGAGCUAGCAUUUGCGGUUUAUAACCAGAACCCACGUUGCACAAUGUCAUGUUGGGCAAAAUCGCUGGCUGAGUCACUUUGUAUCCAAGGCAGAUGUGCUUGAACCCUCAUUGCAUGUAGUCACGGAAGUACUGUUAGCUGGAUAAACAACAUUACAAAGAAGUACUGUUCAUUUGUGAACUGCAAUAGUCAGUACAAACCUACAUACGGGUAUUUUGUAAAUGUAUUAAGAACAUAUUUGACACUAUUCAGACGAGAUUUAGCACACGUGUAACAUACUUGACGAUAUUCUGCAGGAUUGUUUUAUACUGGAUGAUAUGCUGCAGGUUUCCUAGGAAUAAAUAAUAGAUUCCGAGAGAUUGAUAUCCAGGGAUGUACCUAAGGAUGCUCAAAAUACAAGAGCUGAAAACCAACAACAUUGCACGUGUUACAGAUAUAAUACGCCAGUGCAAACAGGGGUACUUUGUUCUAUCAUAAUGGUCGAGGUGGUGGCGAAAGCUUCGUCGUCCACUGUCUACUAGCUAAACUCGACUAUAAUAAAGCUCUAGAAACAUAUGAUGGUGUAAGGGGUUAAUGUACAUUGGGUAGCAUGACUCGACCUCCCGAAAAUUUCGCUCGCCAUAGUUCAGACCCCCUACUGCAUACGCGCCUGUAAAAUCAACUUUUUAACAUACUUUAGAAGGAAAGUUUGUGUCUGUGUGUGUGUGUGUGGGGGGGGGGGGGGGGGGGGGGGGCUGUUGACAGCAAAACACAAAAUGCGUUGUAAACUUAUGAGCAUGUUGUCAAUAAUUGUACACACCUCAUUAAUAAUCGGGAUCGUGUUGAACAACAAAACAAAAAGUAUUAACUGCAUUUAGUAUUUUACAGGGUAUUUCAGAAAUAAUCACAGAAGGAACUCUGCUUUAUUUGUUUAACUGUUGGGGUUCUGCUGAUUUAUUUAUUAUUAUUAUUAUUAUUUUUUAUUUUAGGAACUCUAUUAACGUGCAUGUAUCCAGCCAAUAUUCAGACACAUCCAUAUUACUGAAUAAACAUUUUUGAAACACCAAA